AAUCUUUUGUGGGUGCGUGAGAGAGAGAGAGAGAGAGAGAGAGAGAGAGAUCUCCAAAUCCAAACCAUGAUUUCUUCUUCAUCUUCAUUCUCAUCUCAACUGGACCCUUCCUUCCAAAUCCCAGCAAGCAGAGUCACAGUUAAUCCACCAGACCAACCGACCCAUCAUCUUCCCCAGAAAUUCCACCAAAUUGGCUUCACCAAGAAACCAAAGCAGCAGCCUGUCUCUCCGGUUCUCUUCUCAACGGCGUCUGAUAAACCACCGAUUGUUCUUCUCCGCAAGUCUGUCGUCCCCUUUGCCGCUUCCAUUGCCAUUCUUCUCUCCUCCAAUCCGGCUAAAGCGGGGUUUCUUUCGGGGUUCCCUGGAAUUGAAUCAGUCCCUGGCCCUCAGUUACCUUCCAUCGAGUUUCUCAAUCGCUUCAACGAAGAGAAUCAGAAGAAGUAUGCUGAAGCUGAUUCAAGAUUCAAAGAGUCUCCCCUGCUCAAGAAGCUACUUGAGAAGUCCAAGCUCAACAAAGAGAAGAACAAGCAGGAAAUUCUUGACAAGUACUGCCUUCGCGGGGCAGAGUGGGGCGUCGGGGACUGUUCAACAGAGGGAAUGACGCCCGAUGAGAGGGACAACUUCAUUGCCAUGUUGAAGCAGAAGGCUGGCAUUGAAUGAGCGAAAUAUCUGCACUAUCCACUCCAUUCAUGGUUAAAUCUUUUGUAAGCUUAUUAUAUUCUUUGUGUUUUAAUUUUUAAUAAAACUAAUGUACUACUAAUUAUCAACAAUAAAAAACAUUAAUUUCUUAGGAGGAAACGUUAUUAA